CUUUUUCUGUUUCUGUCUCUUCGUCCAAACAUUCUUUCACUUCUGCGUUUGUAGGCGAGACGGAAACAUUUCGGCGGGUUUUCUGAGAGAGAUUUCGUUUCUUCUGGUGAUGUUCGAAGGAGGGGUUUGGAAUUCUUUGACUUUAAGCGAUUUGAGGGGGUUGGUUUGAUCUGUGUGAGUGAAGGUUUGGUGCGUUUGUGUUGGGAAUUUCAAAUUUGAGAUGGAGAGGGACUUCUUGGGUUUGAAUUCGAAAGAGUCGGUUGCACUUGUGAAGGAGGAGAUUAAGGAUGCAGGCAAGAAUGCCGCCUUCAUGAGAGGUCCAGGCAUGCAAUGGCCUUUCUCAAACAAAGUCUCUGCUUUGCCUCAUUUUAUGCCUUUCAAGGCUGGUCAGGAUGAUAGGGCAAAAAAGAUUAUAUUUGAUCCCUUUGCUUCUGGAUUUAUUCCUACCAUAGCAACAGCAGACGCUUUUGAUGCUAACAAACAAACUUCUGGCAUAGCCCAGAAAAGCUUCAACUUUGAUAGGCAAGGAGGUACCCAUUAUGCAAUGGCAGCUUAUCCUUUGCAACAUGUUGAUGCCCAUGCCACCAAUCAUCCACCUGAUGUGAGGAUGUUUCCAGCCAACCAGACAAUUUCUAUUGCCAUGAACAACCUUUUCAUCAAGACCCAAAACACUACCAUGGGUCAGAACAUGGCUGCUGCUACCAUGAAGCAACAACCUCUUGGUGGAAUUCCUGUUGCAACAGCACAUUCUAUUCUUCCUACUGCUGGUUCUAUGGCAAGAACCUUUGAUCCAUGGAACAUUUCAAAGCCUGCAGGAGCACCUGCUCAACUGACCAUCUUUUAUGCAGGAGCUGUGAAUGUCUACAAUGAUAUUACUCCUGAGAAGGCUCAGGCCAUUAUGUUCUUUGCUGGGAAUGGAUCUCCCAUGACAAACCCAAUAGCUCAAGUGCAGACUCCAACCGCGAAACCUGUAGCAGGAGAUGGUCUUCUUGGAAACCAGCUCCAUCCUACAUCGCCAUGCUCAGGUCUUUCAAGCCCAAUUUCAGUUAAUUCACAUGCGUCUGUUCAAUCAGGUAGUGGUUCUAGCAGUACCGAUGAUCUGGCAUCAAGGCAAAUAGGUAAUAUGAAUGCAUCAAGCUGCCACCAGGAACCCCAAAACAGGGUUGCUUCUAUGGGUUCUGCUGCUCCAACUCUGAUGCCUGCAGCUGUUCCUCAGGCUCGUAAAGCAUCCUUGGCUCGUUUUCUGGAGAAACGCAAGGAAAGGAUGAUGAACAUGAACCCUUACAACCUCAAGAAGAAAUUGCCGGAGGGCCCUAUCUCAUCUGGAUCCAAUGGUCUCGGUUUUUCUGGAGACUCUGGUCCAGUAUCUGUUGAUCUCCCAGUCAGCAAGAAGCAGGCAUGGUGUUUGGGGCCAAAUAAGAAUGAGGCCAUUAAUAACAACUUGCAGGUUACAUUGGAGAUGUGAGCUGAAGGGUUUUCAUCCUUUAGCUUUUUUCCCUUUUUUUUCCCACUUUCUAAUGAUAUUAAUCCUUAUUCUUUCAGUCUUCAAUCUUAAUUAAAUCUCCUAAAUAUAUGUUUUAAAUGGCUCUCGAUUAUCUUUCCUUUCAAAGUAAUCGAGAGCCUUUUCUUCUGAGAACCCUUGGAACAUUUUUGUAACAAAUUUAACUUCGGCAGUAUUGUAAAGAACCAAUACAGGUUUAGUACAUAAUUCUAUCCUUCCUGUUUACUUUGCUCUCA